ACUUUAUAAAAAUUAGUAAAUCACCCAUGAAACACAAGAGUACUAGUGAGUAGUGAGUAGUGAGUAGUGAGUAGUGAGUGACACAAGAUAUAAAAGCCCUUUGCCCUAACCCUUCUAGGCUUGUACCGUUUUCACUCGUUCCUUUUUGUAGUCUGAUUUCUGAAUCUCUCCCUUAUUAAUCUUAAUCUUAAUUAGAGAAAAAUGGGAAGUUCAAAUGCAAAUGGCGGGGGAGAACGAGGAGGAGCCUUAGCCAAUGGUGGCGUUGGAGUGGUUGACAAAGGGGUUGAUUAUGCCAACUACUUUUGCACUUACUCUUUCUUGUACCAUCAAAAAGAUAUGCUUUCUGAUCGUGUUAGAAUGAAUGCUUACUUCAACUCCAUUUUUAAGAACAAGCACCAUUUUCUUGGCAAGACUGUGUUGGACGUUGGGACCGGGAGUGGUAUUCUUGCAAUUUGGUCUGCACAAGCUGGUGCACGAAAAGUCUAUGCAGUGGAAGCUACAAAGAUGUCUGAGCAUGCUCGAAAUCUUGUUAAAGCAAAUGGCCUUGAGGGCAUUGUUGAAGUCAUUGAAGGCUCCAUGGAAGAUGUCUCUCUUCCGGAAAAAGUUGAUGUAAUUAUAUCUGAGUGGAUGGGGUACUUCCUUUUGCGCGAGUCUAUGCUUGAUUCUGUUAUAUGUGCUAGAGAUAGAUGGUUGAAGCAUACAGGAGUCAUGUACCCCAGUCAUGCACGCAUAUGGGUGGCUCCUAUUACUUCUGAUAUAAUAGAUCAGAAAAGGAAUCACUAUGAAGGAGCUAUGGGCGAAUGGCAUUCUUUUGUUGAUGACACUAAGAGCUCUUAUGGCGUGGACAUGAGUAUACUCACUGAUCCAUUUAGAGAGGAGCAGAGGAAAUACUAUCUACAGACUUCUCUGUGGAACAACCUUAAUCCUGAUCAAGUCAUUGGAACAGCUGCUACUGUUAAGGAGAUUGAUUUAUUGACUACCACAGUAGUUGAUAUCCUUAAACUUAAAACUCAAUUUAAUUCAUCGAUCCUGAAUGAGGAUGUGUCGUUCGAUGGAUUUGGAGGCUGGUUUGAUGUUCAUUUCCGAGGGAGAAGUGAAAGUCCAGCGAUGAGUGAGAUCGAGCUGACAACUGCACCUAGUCUUCAAUAUAACACGCAUUGGGGUCAGCAAGUCUUCUUCUUCAAUUCUCCAAUCCGAUGCAGUAAAGGAGAUAAUAUAAAUGUUUCUUUUAUGAUGAAUCGUUCUAAACAAAACCAUCGACUUUUGGAAGUUGAGUUUGGGGUUGAGGUCAAACUGGCUUCUGGAAGAUCUCUCCAGCCGUUCGAAAAGAAGUACUUCAUAGAGUGAGGAUGGAAUAUGUAGCAUUCUUCUUUCGAGUCUUACUAAAGAGCCGCAACCGCUCAGAAGACACCUAGCAGAAGUCUGUUGCUGCAUUCAACUUCCUGGGAAAUGAUCAUCAAGUUAUGGAUGUUGUAAUGUAACCAUUGUUUGAUGCCUAAGAGCUCAUAACUUGCAACCCUCAAGCUUUUGCCUUCUGUAUUGUGGCUUAAGCAGAGCUUGCUAAACCAAGUUCUUCCUAAUUUUCGUAACGAAAGACAUGCGUAACAAACCAAUAUUGAUAGUAAUGUUAAGUGUUUUGAAUCUCUUGGAUGACU